AUGACUGCUAGCAAUCGAGAAGCACACGUUUCCUCUCCACGCACCACCAAUGUUGAUUUGGCCACUCGACUGAACAAGUACAUUCCCCUGCCAGCCCGCCCGGAAUUCCGUCUGAAAUACGUAUUGCAACGUGGAACAGUGCUCAGUUUCAUUCGCUCGAAACCCGCCCAUUUCUGGCGUUCGAAUCACAUUUCCGAGCUGAAAAUGAGAUAUUUGAGUGUGACUGAAAACGGGUAUUUGGUCAUUUAUGAGGAUAAUGUGCAAGGAUUGGUUAUCGAUUUACGUGAAGUGCGCAACGUGAUUUGUAAUGCCGAUCGACAGGUGGAGAUUCCGAAAAAAGAGAGUCAGUUCCGUUGCCACAUCAAAAUUCGUCUUCCACGUGGAAACAUUCAUCUGUUCCUCCGUGAAGAAGACGUUCAUAAAUGGACGUGUGCAAUUAUGAGGGGAUCUUCGAUGAAAAUUGAGGAGGAAGAUGAUCUGACCACUGCAAUUGAAGCGACGGAGAAUUCUGAAGAUUCGUGGGAUUCUGAAGAUUCAGAGGAGUCUUCUGAUAGUGAUGAAUUCGAAAAAAUGGUCGAAGAAUCUGAAGAGGAAGAUAGAGUGUGA